AGACCAAGCAAUAAACAAGACUGAAAGCGAGCCUGAUCGUUGAGGAGGAUCGCUUCCAGCGGUAGGAUUUUCAUGCCUUCGGAUUCGCCGGUAUUCAGGUGGACAAUGCAGCUGAAGUUCCAAAAAAACAUUGUUGAAUUCAUUAAAGGGUUAAGAGAAUCAACCUACAGCUCCUGCCUCUUGUACCUGAGUAAUUUCUCCCUUGCCAUUGGUUAUAAUGUUUUGCUAUUUUAUGCCCUUGUCUGGGAAGCUGGGAAUAUCAUCAAUCUUCCCACCAAAAGGAUUGGCUUCUACAAUUUCUGUUUGUGGAAUCAAAAAGCAGAAUUGGAUUGCCUUAUGAUCAGAGAAAUGGAGAAGUUGGGAAUCAGUGAGGUUGCACUGGUGCUAUCAAGGGUCUGUGUAUACAUCAGUCCAGUUUUGUGUCUCUUCACUGCCACUACAGUCAUGCAGCAGGCCCUGUGCUUCAGAGACCGAGAUGGAUGGAAAGUGGCUCAGAUUCUUCUGUCUAUUAGCAGUGUGAGUUUGCCUGUUGGUCUCAUUUUGUUUAUCUUUGCCAGUCAGAAAUGGAUUCAAGUCUCUGAACUCAGUGAGGGUUUUGCAGCCCUAGUUGGAGCUUACAUUUUACUUCUCCUUCACCUGCUCAUAAUUACCCUUUACCUUGCAAAGUACAAAGACACUCUUCAUAAGAGACUUUUGACUGCUGCCAAGAGCCUUCCGUGAGUUUUUGUUCAAUUGACACACUGAACUGCAAAAUAGACUGCAAGAAUUCGUCAUGCAACACCACCCUCCGUUGUUUAUUUAUGACUCAGUGAACUGUGUGAACCCAAAAUAUUGAGUCCAGUAAAUCUUAGCCAAGUUGGAUAUGGAAUAACUUGUUUGGCAAAUGUGAGGCAGCAUCUGAAUGUAACACACACUGCAGUGAGUUGAGUGGCGGAAUCAGUGCAAAAAUACCUUCCAAGACCUGAAUAUAUUGAAUCCAGAGAAUGCUUUCCAACAUAAGUGAACUGGAAGGGAGGUAACACUCUUAACACAUAACACUUAAUGCAUAGUCUCUCCUAUUUCAAAGACUGGAAGAUCAACUGAAGCCCUCUCAAGAGGAACCACACUUAGAAUUAAGAAUUUGAGAAAGGCUUAAGGCAAAAAGGAGUUAAGCAUUGAAUGCCUAUAAAAAUCCCCCAUGCCUUCUACCACAAUUGAUUUUCGUCUCUUCUAUUUUUGGAGCACAGCCCUUGCCAUACAAGUAUGGUAUGGUCUGUAAGCUGACAGAAGUUGCACGCUUCUGUUUUCAAGACGAGAGUUAUCAGUCAGCUAUUGUUUGCUAGUAUUGAAACUUUCCUUGGAGUUUGCUUGGGAGUUGUUGUAUAGUUUGAAACCUUAAAUCAAUCUAUAGGGUUCUGUGAAUAUUGGUUUAACUUGCAAACCAGAUCUUUUCCCCUGCUUACAUGUCUCCACUUAUUCUGAAAUCAGAGAGGGAGGGGAAGAGAGAAUGAGUGAGUGAGUUAGUUGUGUGGCUGCUUUCUAUCUACAAUCUGUAGCAAUAAUGUUUAUUGCUUGUAAAAGAAGAAAGGUCCCUGAGCAAAACACUUGCAGGCGGUUUAUUGUUACUAUCCUAAUAGAAUAUAAUUAUUCUGCUACAUAUCACAGUAUUCUUCAUAACUUGUAUAAUAAAUAA